UCGAGUGGUCAGGACUUUGAUUUUGCCAAAUAAUUGUCGAUAAUAACAGUUAUUAUAAUGUCGAUGACAUGGUUUACAAGUGAUGAUAUUCUAUUCUUGUGAAAGCUGUACUUACCAACUUGUAGACUGUCAUUGCUGCGCAACCCAGUGGUCCGAUAACAUCUAGGCCUACAUUAUUUCUCCAAAAUCUGAAACUAUCUGGACAGUUAAUUUUUUUUUGGACAAAUCACUAUCUGAAAUCUUCCAUCGAUAGUACAGUACUCAUCUUUAUCAAAGAAAACUAAUGGACGAGCCAUUGACUGGAGCUAGCUUGGUGUCUUGCUUCGGUGAACCACGUAUAACAGGCUGGAAAGGAGUCAUAUUCUUCGUAUUGACCAUUGUAGUCAGUGUGGAUCUGGGCUUUUGCUUGACUUACGAAUGGAGCGAGUUCAUGAAGCGCCUACUGACAAUGAAAGAAAUAGCGCUGGUCAUUUUCUGCAUAGGCGGUUACUUUUCACAUCUUAAUAUGACAAACGUGGAAAAUGAUUACAUAUUCAAGUAUCUGAAGUACGUCGAUGAGCCUCACCAUUCUCCGAAGAAGCGAAAAAUCAUCAACGAAAUGAACGAGUUCAUAAAAUGGCUGAAUGAGUUCUCUCGCCGCGCGUUCCGGGUUCUGUUUGUGUUCGCGGCAGGCCUUCCUCUGGCGCACAUCACAGUGAUACUGGCCAAGGCGAAGCUCUCCGGCAGGCAACUGGGGGCGAAUGUGCCCUCUGUGCUGCACAUCUAUGUUCCCCUCAGUCUGAGAACGACUGUCGGUUACUUUGUGGUCAACUUGGCCACCUCCAUCUGGUACGCGAUGUCUCUCUACAUUUGGAACAUUGUUUUCAAACUGUUUGUGAUCGGCCUUGGCUGUCUGUGCACUGAAAUGGAGCUACUAUUUGAGUCGGUCAAUGAGCUCGAUCAGAUUCCGUCAGCCGAACAGAACACACCUUCCAGCAUCAUGCAUACUAGUGAAGUCCUUCUCAAAAACAAGUUCAAUAGUAUUAUCGAGCAUUAUCAAGAUAUAAUCAAGUCAAUGAAGCUGAUGAACAAGAUGUUUCAGCUCACGAUGUUUCUAUUUUUGAACGUGUACUGCUUGCAACUUUGCUUGUACUUAGUUUUUGUCAUGAAAUUGAAAGAUAUCGUUUUCCGAAUAAAAUUUGCGAUACUUUAUGCUUUUGCAUUGUAUCUGCAAUACCAGUACGCUUCUUGUUCUCAAAGGAUUAAAGAUCGGGGAGAGACAUUUGGAGAAACAUUGUAUGAAUGCUGUUGGGUGGAUAAGCCGCAAUGGAUGAAGAAAAUGCUUUUGAUAAUGAAGUGCAUGGCUGAUCAACCGUUGGUUAUGAAGCCUUAUGGCUUGUAUGUCGUCGACCGCGUAUUUAUGGCUAAUAUAUUCAAAGCAACAUACACUUACUUGAACGUUAUCAACGAAUUCAUAAAAUAAUCUCAGUCAUCAGAAAUGUCACAAAUUCUGACAAAACGAAAUCUAUGGAAUAUCUUUAAUACAUUUUGUAAAUACAGGAUUGAAUAUAA